AUGCUCGAUCCUUCUUUCGAAGAAUCAAAAAUUCCUUUAAGAAUCUUAUUAAUUGUAUCAGAAAAUGUUAAUUUAGGAAAACCAACUGCAAUUUCCAAAGAUUUUUUGUUGGAAUCAGAUUUAGUCGAUUUCUUGGUCAACGAACUUGAUACUGAGAAUGACGAACAAGAAAGAGUUGUUCAAACUAUUCUAAAUAACCUCGGAAUUGACAAUGAUUAA